AUGACCACUGUAGGGUAAGCUGACCACUGUAGGGUAAGCUGUUCAAUGGUCAGAAAGUGGUAGUUUCGUUCUCUGUCAUAGUACAAUUGCAGACUGGUCCGUGUGUUUUAUGCUCUUUCGUGGUUAAGCUCCAUAGGUUUGUUUUCUAACCAGGACAUCGUCCUACGAGUGCAAAUAAAAUCAUCGCUGAUUCCUCUUUUCUUUUGUAUCUCUUUAUUUGCCAAGGUAUGGAGACAAGGCACCCAAGUCGGCCAUGGCUCGUAUUUUCUCUGUCGUCUGGAUCUUAUUUGGCCUCAUAGCUAUGGCAAUUUUCAUGGCAAAUGUCACCACUGCAUUGACAGCUCUCUCCCUGCAACUUGAACCAACCAGCCUUCGUGGUGUUCAAGUUAGUUUGAAAAAAUAUCAAUCAAUAGAAGUUAACUCUUUCGUUUGUUUAGUUACCAAUAAUAAUACGGGUCAAAAUAUUCCUUAUGACUAACAUAGAAUGUUCCAGUAAUUGUCAAUAUGAUUCUUCAAUUAUCUUUUUACCGGAGGUAGCUUUAAUUUAUUUAAAGCAGUAUAAUUGUUAUUCUACUGAAUGACACUAAUUCAUUCCGCGAAAAUUCUAUCUGUAAAUGAAAUCUUUUAUCGUGCGAAUAAAAGAUUAGUUAUUAUCUUUACAUACUCCCAAUCUUUUUAUUAAGUGGUAUCUUUGGCAGAUAGAAGUUUUGUUUUUUCCGUAAACCUGGAAGGCACGGUACGAAAAUUUCCCUAAGGGCUUCAUAUCACUUGGCAUGGGCGAGAAAAAGACUCUUCUCGUUUUACCAAAGUUUUAGGAGUUUGCCCAAGUUGUCCUUCAGUAACUUCUCAUAAUUGAACAUUGAACAUUGAACUAAAGAUAAUUAUGUUCUGAACAUAAUUCUGUUUUAACAUAAUUAUGUUUUAACAUUUUUUCAGGUUGGAGUGAUAGGAAAUGGAACAGAAUAUCAACAUGCACUGAAAGAAGACGCACAUCCGAAAAGUAAUGAAUGCAUGUACAAACUGAGAGAGCAUUGUGAACUAAGGAAAGGGGAAGAUAUAACACAAUAGUAAACCAUUUGGUGUGUGUGUGUGUGUGUCUGAUAUGUUUUCUCGUUAUUGCUUUUGUUUGUUUUAUUUUCUCAGUCUGCAGACAACUCCGUCUAAUCUUAUUGCUAUUACAUUUAGGAAGGUUCUGGUGCGUUAGUCUCUUAAUUUCUGUGUACCCUGAAAGAGUGGAAACAGAGGUCUGAUAUAACAUUGUCCCAUUUAACCUAAUGGAAAGAGGUUCAAAGUAAGGCAAGGCAGCAAAAAAAAAAAAAGGAUGAAAAUAACAGUGCUGUUAUCUAGUUUGAGAGCUCCAAGAACUCGUGAAAGUCAUAUUUAUGAGUUCAUAUUGGAAUAAUGGGAAAUUUCCAUACGCCGGUUAGUUAAUAAUUUAGCGUUACGGAUGGUCAGGUGCUUAAAAAACCUUCUUCAAACAUAAAACAGAAAAUCUAUGGGAUUUUCAACAUAUCAUUGACUAUGACAAGUGCUUCACUGGAUCAUCUUGGAGUUUUACCUCUACAUAUAAAAGAGGUUUUGGCGUUACAGCUUAAAAUGUAUAUGGUGAAUUAUAGAAAUGUACAAAUUACAUGUACUUAAAUAGAAGCGAUCCUCGCAGUUAUGAACACUACUGAACUAAUAGUUGAAAUAAGGCCUGAAAAAAAAUUCAGGCCCGCGGGGGAUUUGAACCCAUGACCUUUGCGAUACCGGUGCAGCGCUCUAUCAACGGUAUCGCAGAGGUCAUGAGUUCAAAUCGUUUCUUCAACCGCAGUGCACAUAUAUGAUUUUUUUUAUAUUUACAGUCAUUGUUCUAUGUACUUGUUUUCCAUUUUUAUUUAGUUUGAGCACCAGACGUCUUCAAAAAGCUUCAAUCUGUUUGAUUGUUCCUCACCAUUUGUUAAGUACUUGAUGUAUAUAUCACUUGGACUCUUGGUUCUAAUGCUUCUUAUUGGACUUGCGUGGGACAUAUUAUUGAGAAAGAAAGGAAAAGGGAAGCAAAAUACCGUAAUAGGUAAGUAUUCAUAGCAUUAUUUACGAUAGAUUAGUUCUCAAUCGAUUAUCCUUUUGUAUUUGUUUAUUGUUACUUUUAUUAGUAUUAUUAACGAUUUAAUACUAUCAUUCUUAUUAUCACUAUUAUUAUUGUUUGAAGUUGUCUUACAGAAGCACGUCUAUUGACGGCUUGACGAUUCAAUCGAGGGCUUGGGCUACUGACGAAAUAGCAGAUCGGCCAAAGCUCGGAAUAAAGAAAGAAAUAUAGUGGUUCAGAGUCUCAGUAGAGUCGUUCAUUAAAUCAGCACCAGUAUUCAUUGAAAUUACUCUAACUUGAAUGCGAUAUUACUUCGAAGUUCCUUGUGUUAUAUUUGUACAGAGGAAUGAGUUUAAAAGCACGCAAUUUUCAGAUUCAAAAAUGCCAACAUCCUUUUUCGUUUUCUCCAGCAGUGGCCGUGGAUGAUAGUGGGGCCAUGACAACCAAAGAAGAUUCAAUACGUGCCGAUCUUGAAACAACGCGAGUUCUUCUUCGUCAAGCGUUGGAACAAUUUGAUCAGCUGGAAUCCAAAGUCUCAAAGCUAAAAUUGAUCUAA